AUGGAGGCGGCAAAUCGUGAGAAGCAACUACAGCAUUCAUGCUACCUGCUAGCUGCUCGCGCCGGUAAACCACUGCAGGACGCCCUGGACUACUGCGCCGAGCGACAGCGGCAGCUGGAGCGGAGCAUGCGCGUCUCCCGGCGGCUGCUGCAGGCCUGGGAACCAGAUGAAACUCCAGUUCCAGAGCCAACCCCAGGGCCAGAAACCAAUGAAGAGGCCCCCUCUCCAGUUUGCACACCCAGCCCCCAAGACCUCAGGGAGCUGGAGCUUCUGACCAAGGCACUGGAGAAAGCUGUACGAGUGCGAAAAGGCAUCUCAAAGGCUGGAGAAAGAGACAAGGCUGGGUCCGUUGCCACUUCUGCUAACACAGCCUCUGCCCCAUCCCGGGCCUCAGAAACAAAACCCUCCAGGGGCAUCUGCCAGACCACGGUGCCUGCCAAGGGCCCCCCUGAGCGCAGACCCCCGUCAGUGGAGGAUCGGACCUGUAUGGGGAGAGGAGCCCGAGCUGCCAAGCCUGGACCAGGCCUCAGGGACCAACAAAUGGCUCCAUUGGCAGUGCCUCGGGCCCCAGAAGCUUUCACACUCAAGGAGAAGGGGACCCUGCUGCGGCUGCCCAUGGCAUUCCGGAAGGCGGCUUCCCAGAAUUCCCGCCUGUGGGCCCAGCUCAGCGCUGUACAGACCAGUGACUCCAUCGAUGCCGCUACGGCCUCCAAAACCCAAUUCCUCCAGAAAAUGCAGACAACCUCAGGCUGCCCCAGCUCCAGGCUCAGUGCUGUAGAGGUGGAGGCAGAGGUGGGGAGACUGUGGAAGGGCUGCUCACUGCUGAGACAGCGAAUGGAGGCAGAGCUCGCAGCAGACAUCACGGACUGCAUGCAGGAGUACCGCUGCCUGCUCACCCUCGAGGGGCUGCAGGCCAUUGUGGGGCAGUGUCUCCAGAGGCUGCAGGAGCUUCGAGCAGUGGUGGUGGAACAGCAGCUGGAGCUGUGGCCUGAGAGGAGACUCCCCAGAACCUCAUUGGCCUGUGGAGGAGGAGCAGACCCCAUCUGGAGCCCCCAGCUGCUUCUCUACUCCAGCACCCAGGAGCUGCAGACCCUGGCAGCCCUCAGGCUUCGAGUGGGCAUGCUGAACCAGCAGAUCCACCUGGAAAAGGUCCUGAUGGCUGAACUCCUCCCCCUGGUGAGCACACAGGAACCACUGGGGUUGUGCCGGGCUGUACACAGCCUGCUCUGCGAGGGAGGGGAGCGCUUUCUCACCAUCCUGCGAGAUGAACCUGCUGACUGAGUCCUUCCUGCAGCCAGCCCCACUCCCAGACCUCAGGACCCUGGAGAGGGCAAGCUGGUUCCGAUCCCAAGACUGUUGGGGAGAGCACCCCUUCUCUGGUCGAAGUUAAGUGAACAGGGAUUGAGGGGAUUUUCACAGGUUUGGUGGGCCUGGGCCAAGAUGCCUGUACUACCCUGGGAAACCCGGUUUCCUGGGUGGGGCAGGGACAGCCUCCUGGCUUUCCUGAGGGACUCGGGUCCUUCUCACAUGCGUUAAACCUCGUCAGGGCUUGGCUCGGCCUUCCACAGCUUGAGGAGACCAGGGGCCUGUGAGGGGCCUUUCUUAGCUACUUGUAUUUUCUCCCACUUCAGACUUAAAAGCCACUGUGUGACAUUAAAACUACUUUAGAAAGUAUAUGUAUUUAAAUCAUA